AUGGCCCUCAACUCGUCACCGUCGAUAGCAUGCAUCGGCGUCAUCGGCAAACAUGACCAACCCCUACACAUCUCCCUCUUUCCUCCCCACGACACCGUUGCCAACGCCGAGCUUGAAUUCCUCUUCCUCCUAAACUCGUGCCUCGACGUCUUCGACCUGCGCGCUCGCACCACCAAGCUGCUCGAUUCCGACUUGGGUCUGCUCCAGGCCAUCGACGACCGCCUCUCGUGCUACGGCUGGCUGACAAACACGGGGAUCAAGUUCAUCAUCGUGGUGGACAUGAUGGGUCGGCCUGCGACCUCUCCGUCCGACGAAAACGGGUCCAAAGACCUGGCAAAGGACAAGAGACGAUUCCCUCCUGCCGCAGUGGGUCUCAGAGACGCGGAUCUUAAGCCAGCCUUCCGUGCGGUCCAGACUGCAUACAUCCAUCUCAUGCUGAAUCCGUUCUACAUGCCCGACGAGAGGACGCCGUUGCAGAUAGCAAACUAUGGGGGGAAGAGCCCCGAAAUCACGAGCAAAAAGUUCAUUGCGGAGAUCCAGAGAGUCGGCAAGGCGUGGUAUCCGGGGAUUGGGACCAUCUGA